GGAGUUUCCGUGGUCGCUACGAUGUCGAAUGAAGUGAGCUUGAUGGAUCUGAGCCUCGAGCAGCUCAACAACCUCAAGACGCAGUUCGAGCAAGAGCUGCAGCAGCUCACGUCGUCCUUCUCGGGCUUGCGCGAGGCGCAGACGCGCUUCGCCGACUCCAAGGGCGCGCUGCAGGCGCUCGAGCCCACGAACCUCGGCAAGAAGGUGCUCGUGCCGCUGACGUCGUCCAUGUUUGUGCCCGGGAAGCUUAGCAACGUCAAGAGCGUGCUCGUCGACGUUGGCACUGGCUACUUUGUCGAGAAGAAUGUGGACGACGCCAAGAGCUUCAUGGACCGUAAGGUCGAGUUUUUGCAAAAGAACACGGACUCGCUCAAGGAAGUGAUCGAGGCCAAGCGCACGAACCUCGAGGCCGUCAUCCAGGUCAUGCAGCUCAAGAUCCGCAUCGGCGAGCAGCAGAGCGCAUAGGCGUAGCGUGAGCAUCCAUCCCAAUUUUGAUUCUAUCUUCGUCC